AUGAACAACAACCCCAACACCCCCGGGCAUAAUCCAGAAAGACUCGACGAAUCGGUAGGAGGGGGCACGUGCGCGACUCUUAAGGGACGAGUGAAGGGAAGUGGGGAUGGCAUCCGAGUUGACCCUGUAGAUACAGCUGAGGGGUCAGGGGCGAGUUCAGUCCCUCCGCCAGAUAUUUUUGCGGCUCCUCAGAAUGCAUGCAUGCAACAGCAGCACCCACGACUUGACUCGGCGUUUUCAGAUUCUUCGGGGAGUGUGCUGUCAGAGAGAUGCGAUAAAACUGUCAAACAGAGACUCUAUCACGCCUGGAAAUCCAUGCCGUGGUUCAAAGACAUUCAUGCGGAGGGAGCCGAGGAGAACGAGUUCGUGGAGCGUCUCCAGAAUGACGUCGAAACCUUCGAUGUGGAGACAGAAAUCUUUUUCUCCGCCUGUCAAGUGGCCUCAGCGUGCAUGGGGUGUAUCGCGCACAGUGCGAAUGACACAGCCAAUGCAGUGGGACCAUUCGCCGCAAUUUUGACGCUCUAUCAGCACGGCAUAGGUUCAUCGGUAACCUGCCCGUGGUAUAUUUUGCUCUUUGGUGGUCUUGCAAUGUCUAUGGGCCUUGCACUUCUUGGAUACAGAGUCAUCAAGACUGUGGGGGUAAAGCUCGUCAAAAUCACGCCUGCACGCGGCUUCUCCAUGGAGCUGGGCGCUGCGUGGACUGUACUUAUUUUCAGUGCUGUAGGCAUUCCACUGUCAACGACGCACUGUGCAGUGGGCAGCACUGUUGGCGUCGGCUUGUUGGAGCCGCAACAGUCCCCGCUGCCUCUCCGCGAAGGAUUGAAAACGUGCCCCCCUCGCUUUCCAUGCCUCAACACCGCUUCUGUCAACUGGAAGCUCUUUGGGGGAAUGGUCGCUUCUUGGAUAGUGACGAUCUUGUUCUCCUCGGUAGUUAGCGCAUCCCUUUUUUCCUUCGCUGCAUACUCUCCGCGUAUUUCCAUUUGA